AUGACGGACGACAUGAAUGCGCAAGAUCCACCGCAGACUGACGGGAAUACGGAAAAAACGAACCGUGAGUGCAAACAGACUCGUACAUCCGCUGCUGCAACACACGCUAUCGCCAUCACAGAGCAACUGGCCAAGGCUACAGACAUGACGUUCGAUCUAGCCUCGUAUCUUGAGAAUUCCGAGGACGUCAACUACAAGAUGGAGGAUCCUGGCCCUGAUCUUUCGAACUUGCCCGCAACUCCAUCGCUCCCUAUAUCCAGCAUUCCCACCUUCUACCUGGCACCUUCCAUCACUCAAGCGAUGCAACAGAUGGGUCCCGCUAUACCGAAUCUUCCAUAUGCUCUCUGGCCCAUAGUAGAGCCCGAGAAUCCCGAUGAAUCUACGCUUCCAUGGGACGAUAUCAUCGAAAAGUCAAGCCAAACCGUGCAAGCCGCGGAGUUCUCUCCUAUCAGCGACCACACCUCUGAGCCCCAUCGUCAAACACCACAAAGCAAUCCAUCUUACGCCGAAACACCUCCUCUCAUGACUCAGAAGAGCAGCGAUGGAUCGAAGAAACAAGCUGCUAUGGAACAACAGAAAGAGAAGGAAGGUGAUACUGGAGUGGCUGGAGAGGACAUUGUUCAUGUUGGCUUCUCCGACCAAGAUUUCAUGUUCAUGAAGAAUCUGCUGGCUCUCAACAAGUUUGAGCUCUGCGACAUGAACCGCGAACUAGAAUUGACUCAGGAGUCGAACACACAGCUGCGUAAAAGAUUGUUCGACGCAACAGAAGAGCUCGCUGGAGCUAAAGAACAGCUCAGCCAGAAGGAUGGCUAUAUCUCAGCUUGUGACAAGAAAAUCGGUGCUUUGCAGAGAAAGAUUGUCCUUUUGGCACAUCCCUACACUGCACUUGACCUCGGACAAACGCCCACUGGCACCAUUGCGAACGCCAACCCUGAGCCUCAGCUCCACAAGUCCACGUCGAAACCAGAAACGAUGCCCAUCCUUCACAAGCCAUCAGCGGAACCCAAGGCCGUUGACAGAAGCUUGAGCCGAUCACAGAUUUUUGCAAUGCCAAAAAUGACAGAGAAAAAGAUCGCCGGCGAAAGAGAAGCCAGACUCAAAGAGAGCCAAAAGGACUACGAAGCGCUUUUGGAAGAAAAAGAAGCCCUUAUUAGCCGAAUAACCAAAGAACAUUUCGAGAGGCAAGCUGUGUUGGAGGAUCGCUAUAUGCUCAGCGCAAUGAGUGAGAAGCUCAGAAGAGUGGUCAAAGAGAUUAUCUGGGAGAUCCGGGAGCUGAGGAUUGAGAAUGAAAAGUUCUGGGAGGAGAAUGAAAAGCUCAAGGAAGAGUUGGAUCAAGCCCGUACUGCCAACAAUUCCAAGUUGGAUCAUGUUUCUGUUCCUCCGAAGACCUCUGAAGGAGUUUUUGAUACAGUCUCGCAGCAGAAUAUUCCAGAGACAGCGACUUCUCAUACGGAAGCUGACCAGGUCAGGCAUGCAGUGGGUGAAGGACACGAAGACACAAACCAAUGA